UACAUAUAUUGCGAGCAAAACGUAAUAUUAGAUACACAUAUCGAUUGAAUAGUUCGAUAUAGUUUUGUAUCGAUUUGCUAGAACAUAUCUGCUAUAUUGGCACUAUCGUAAUAACCCCAGUGACCCAACCUUAGAGUUAAGUAAAUUUGACCCAAAUUAUAGUGAUAAAUACGAAAAUUCAGUCGAUGCAAAUCGCCGGGACUGACUGCUUUGCUACAUUGAGUUCAAGUGACGUUUUGUGAGAACCAAAUUAUCGACUACUUACCUGUGUUGUGUAUUUUCUGUACCACCAAAAUGAACAAAGCUCUAUUAUUACUGCUGGCAACAUUAGCCCUUCUGGCGAUGACUGAAGCAAGAUCCUGUGGCGUACAGCGAUCAAGAUGCGAAGAUAGGAAAAAAUGCGAUGACGAUUCCAGUUCGUCAUCAUCAUCUUCAUCCUCUUCUUCAUCGUCAUCGUCAUCAUCAUCUGAAGAGGACGGCGACUGUGACAACGACAAGAAUCAUCACAAAGACUCGUCUUCCUCGUCAUCAUCAUCUUCAUCCUCGUCAUCUUCUUCAUCAUCGUCAUCAUCAUCAUCAUCUGAGGAGGACGACAAUGAGUGUAACUAUGAGCCCAAGAAAUCAAGGCACUUCAAGUCCCGAGGAUGUGGUGGGACCAAGAACUAAAUGCAUGAUGCUCAAAAACAAGAAAACGAUUCUUGUUCGCACUGCUAGGUUUAUGCUAUGACACAAUAUACCUACUUACCAUAUACCAUACACUCAGAGAACUCAGCUAGUGACAUACUCUUUUCUCUUGUCCGUACAGAUAUGGAUUUUAAAUAUGAUUUUAAAAUAGUUUCCUACAGGUAUAUCAUCAACUUUAUCUUUAUAAUGACCCAUUGGGUUCAAAUGUUGUUCAGUGUAAUAGGCAAGCUGUAGCCAUAAGCAAAACCAAAAAUGUGAAUAUUAUACAGACUUUUUUGGUAUUAUUUCGGUCAUAGUCUAAACUUAGCUUAAGUUUAAGUUAGUAGCAUGACUCAGUGAAAAUGAAAAUUGAAAGCUUAAUUAUUAAUCUGUGAUUUUUAUGUACAAAAUACUUAUUGUUUAUAUUGUUUGGGAAUGUUUAAUAAAUGUUAUGUUACAAA